AUUAUCCAUCGCUCCAACACCAUGAAGCGCGAAUAUCUCCCUUUGGACUCAUUGCCGGCGUGGCUGAAACUGAAUGGCAUUGUUACAAAAGAUGUCGCUGUUCAGAAAGUAGGCUCUGAUGAGUCGGACAUCGAUAAAGGCAAUGCCAUAGUCGCAACUGCGACCAGGUCAAAUGAUUGUCCUGUUGCCCCUCCACAAGUCCUCUUACAAAUUCCUCGAGACUUGGUUUUGUCUCUUGAAACAGUUCAGGACUAUUCCAAGUCUGAUGCUGACCUCCGUGAGGUACUGCAGGCAGCGGGUGAAUUUGGCAGGACGAUGAGAGGCUCGGUUUUGAUAUUUCUUCUUGUUCAAAUUACGCACAACAAUUUGCAAGGAUCUCGAAAGAUAGGGGUAUCGAGCCCAUGGUCAGAGUAUAUCAAGUUCCUACCGCCAACUUUCUCCCUUCCAACCUUAUGGUCGGAAGAGGAGCAAGAGUUGUUAAGGGGAACUUCUCUUGGGACUGCUGUAGAAGCGAAAAUGAACUCUCUUCAGAAAGAGUUUGAUUUCCUUCGUCAGGCUACAGAGAAUAUAUCCUGGUGUCAAGAGCGUUGGUGGAAUGAGAGCUCAGGAGACUUGAGUUUCGAGGACUGGGUGUAUGUCGACGCCGCUUAUCGUUCCCGCAUGUUAGAUUUGCCUGGGAGUGGACAUUCAAUGGUGCCAUGCAUCGAUAUGGUCAAUCAUGUGGCAGGGUCAGCUACAAAAGCUCUAUACGACGCAGACUCAGAAGGCAAUGCAAUUCUUCAGUUGCAUCGGGACAAGACUCUCGAGGCGGGAGAGGAGGUUACUAUAUCAUAUGGCGACCGAAAGUCAGCGUCGGAGAUGAUAUUCUCCUAUGGAUUCCUGGACGAUGAUAUGUUCGGUACGUCUCAGGUCAUGCUGGAUAUUGAAUUCCCAGAGGAUGAUCCUCUUGGCGUUGCAAAGAAAAUCAUUUGCAAAGAUACCCCUGGGAUUCGAUUAUCCGCAUCUCAAGAUCCAUAUAAACCCAGCCUAGUAUCUUCUACUGGUUUCGGGGACAUCACUUGGGAUAGCCCACUUAUGUGGUGGUCGAGCGUGAACGAAGAAGAUGGGCUUGAGAUUGGAGUUGCACAAACCAACGACGGAAGCCGAGAAUUGGAAGCGAAGUGGAGAGGCGAGAAAGUCCAGUCACCUGCCCAACUUGCGGAAAUCCUUGCCUCUGAUCCCUUGGUAGAAGUUUUCCAACUUCGUGCUGUUGUUUUGGUACUUGAACGCUUAGAAACACAGUUGUCACUCCUUCAUCAGGCAGACCAAAUCUUGGAGAACUUCCGGGAGAGACCAGAACUUCUUAUUAGGGCGUUCAGACCUGAGAUUUUCUUUUUGGUUUGUCGAUUACGAAAACUUGAGGCUGAUUUGCUGCAAAGAGCUGUUGAGGAUCUUUUGCAACAGAAAAUCGAACUAAUGAAGUCGGAAACUGUUGCAACCUUUCUCACUAGUCAGUCCCAAUCGGAGGAGGCGGAGGACUUUUCAUGA